AUGCGGCCCAACCCUUGCGGUUAUCAGCGUUGCAAUCCUCGUCGGAAUUUGGAACCUGUUUGUGCAGCUCCUGGGACCAUCUGCCGUAACACGCCGGCAAGACUUAGGAUCGACGGUCAGACUGUCGUCUCGCAGUUUUGUCGGUACCAUGCAUGUUGGAAAGCGGAUGGCCGUAGGGCUUGUCCGAUAGCAAAGUUUCCUCGAGAGGCGUUUUGCCGCGAGCAUAUGAGAUGUACCGCGGUUGAGAGCGGGAUCAGAUGCAGCAUGAACGUCAAGGAUGGGAACCCAGGGAUCUACAGCUUUUGCACAGAAUUCCAUCUUUGUGCCUCUCCCGGUUGCGAGAACUCACGAGUGCGACAAAACGGCGAGGACUUCCAGUUCUGCAACGACCACCGCUGCGAUCACGACAACUGCCGCAACCCUAAAGGAACAGGGCCAUUCUGCAGGACACACACCUGCGAUGAUACUCACUGUGCCUCUUUCGUGUCAGGCGGCGACUUCGGCGAUCCGGUACGCUUCUGCGAGCGACACCGGCGGUGCCUAAAGCUCUACUGCGACCGUUUCUGCCACGUCCGCGAGAACGGCCUGCCAUCGCCAUUUUGCGGCGCGCACUACUGCGAGUUUUCAGACUGCGGCAAUGAGCGGGAGGCCGCGGCGCAUUGCCGGGAGCAUACGUGCAGCGAGGCGGGCUGUAUGAAGGGCAGGGAGUCGACGACAGGGCUGUACUGCAAGGAGCAUGGGUGCAAGACCAAAGGAUGCCACAUGAAGAGGAUUGGGAGAGAGUAUUGUCCGUAUCAUGAGUGUGUCGUUGAUAGGUGUGAGGCGGAGGCGAAAACAAAUCGACAUUGCGAGGAUCACCAGCGACGCGAAGGUGGAUAUGAGAGGCGAAGACAGACGCCAGGAGGGACGACUUUUGCUACGCGCGAGGAUGGUAAGUUCAAUUACGAAAUCAAGUCUAAAGCGUUUUGUUGA